CCUGUUUCCACGGAAACAUGUUGACCCGGAAGUACUCCAUUUUCCGCGGGUCUUUUGGGACAAUAACACAGUGUGCGGAAAUGGCGGAUGUAAAUGCGAUGGAGAAGAAACUGGCUGAAUACAAGUGUGAUACAAAUGAAGCAACCUGCCUGAAGUUAGUUCGGUUUCCAGAUGAUCUUGAUGAUGAUGGCACCACAUUCCACCCAGAGUACAGCCACCAAAUAUUUGGAGAUGAUGAGGUGGCUUUUGGAUACAAAGGUCUUCAAAUCCAGCUCUACUACACCGCUGGAAACCUGAGCACCCUCUUCAAAGUGAAAUAUUCAGCAAAAGUUAAAGACACGUUUGAUUGUGUCGAGCCCGACGAUGUUGAAGGAAAGAUCCGGGAAAUAAUUCCUGCUGGUUUCACCUCCAACACCGAUGACUUCAUCUCACUGCUGGAGAAGGAGGCCAACUUCAAGCCCUUCGGCACAAUGCUCCACUCAUACACGGUCCACAACGAGGAGGCGGAAGACCUCACCUACCAGAUUCACAAGGCCGACAUCCACUGCCCCGGAUUCUUAGAGUACCACAAGCGCCUGCAGACCUUCCUCAUGUGGUUCAUUGAGACCGCAAGUUUCCUCGACGUAGACGACGAUCGUUGGGACUUCUUUCUUGUAUUUGAAAAGUACAAUAAAGACGGGGAGACGCUCUACGCCGCUGUUGGCUACAUGACAGUUUAUAAUUACUACGUAUACCCAGACAAAACCCGACCACGUGUAAGCCAGAUGCUAAUCCUGCCUCCUUUCCAAGGAGAGGGUCAUGGCGCUCAGCUGCUGGAGGCGGUGCACAGGUUUUACUGCGGCCUGCCCAAAGUGCAGGACAUCACCGCUGAAGACCCCUCAGAGAACUACGUGAAGCUGAGAGACUACGUGCUGACGAAACUCUGCCAAAACCUGCCGUCCUUCGAUGUAGACAAGCUGCACCUUGGCUUCUCCGCCGACAUGAUCAAAGAGGCCCAAGAAAAGCUGAAAAUCAACAAGAAACAUGCGAGGCGAGUGUACGAAAUCCUGCGCCUAAGAGCAACAGACAUGAGUGACGAAGAGAAAGCCAAAGCGUACCGGUUACAGGUGAAGAAAAGGCUCUUUGGACCCUACAAGAAAAACCAGAGGGAGCUGGCGAAGAUGCGGAAGUGCUUACGGCCGGAGGAGCUGGUGUCCCACAUGGGUCAACUGGACACGCAGACACAGCACGAGGAGCUGGAGAAGAGCUAUCAGCUCGCCCUGGAAGAUUACAGGAGAAUCAUCGAAAGGCUAGCAUCGCAGGCCUGAUCUGACUGAGAGAUCCUGCUGGCCUGGAGUCCGGUCUGUACAGAAGCCCUCAUCACCAUUGGACUGGAGCUGCAGCCAAGAUGAUGCUGUUUUAAGUCUGUUGGUGAUAAUAGGCGUAACAGAAACGUCCUCUCUGAUUCCCAGCUGAUUUUUAUAUACUAGAGGAGGUAAUUAAUUCAGAUGGAGGGCGUGGUUCCCUGUCUCCUCCAUGUGUUUAAUCACAUUGUGUGAUAUGAAGUGAUCUUUAAUAUUUUCACAUGGAACUGCAGGUUCUUCUUAAUGUUCAGAUAAACCUGGUUUAUCCUCCAUUCAUUUCUAAACUUCUGUCUACAGUUUCAUGUGUUUUUUGAAGCUCUUCAUUGUAAAAAUUAAAUAGUGUUUUGUAUGUCGUUCGAACAGGGGAGAUUCUUAAGAAAACAAAUAAAACCGAGGAACUGAA